AGCACAUCUAGCACAUUGCAUUACAAUUGUUACAAUAGAAUUAUUAAAUGGUCCGCUAAGACCCUAUUUAGCAAUAUUUUAAGUGUUCCAUGGAGGGUGGGGUGAGUUGGGAACCUCUGACCUAAGGUAUCUCAUACCUAAGCAGUUUAGGACUUUAACGGGAAUCACCAACACUUUGAAUUGAGCUCAGAAGCAAAUUGGAACCAGUGCAUCUAUGUCAUGCAGUAAUUGUCUCAGUAGGCUUAAAACAAAUGGCAGCUAAUAUUUAUUCAGGAAAAGGGCAGAGGGCAGAAAGAGACCAAUUAUGGUACUGCAUAGCUAGAGAUAGGAACAGGACUGCAUAUUAAGACCAAGAUUUGUGGCUUUUGCCAAUAUGCAACAUAGAAUAUAAUUUAAAUGUUUUCUCCUAUUUUAUCAGGGAUAGUGAAUAGCUUUAGUUUAGUGCAUCUCAAGGGAGUUGUUUAAUCCAUCUACUGCUUUGUUUUGUGAAUUGCCCUGACAAAUGCAGUCAUUCUGGCAGAGAGACAUUUAAGUGAACACUAGGCAUUUCAGAAGAUUUAUCCAUGCCUUUUGUAAGUUAGCUUCAGAAAAACAACAAGGUGAGCAAUCCUUUGUGCUUCAAGAAUUGUAAUAAGCACUAAAACAAAAUUAGUUGUUGCAGCUCAGGAAUGUUGUGGAGAAGUAACUGUGUAGGUGCCACUACAUUCAGAAGAAUGAGAACUUAUUAAUAGAUAUUGCAGUGCUCUGAAACAGGUAAUGUGGUAAAAGAAUCUGUCGCCUCAGUUGUUCAGCAGGGAAUUGCUUCUCAUAUGGCAUCAGACAUUGACUCUAAUUCAGCACAAACCAUGCUAGCCCUUUAUUAUUAUUACUAUUUAUUAUUAUUUAGCUGCCCAUGCUACUGAUGGGGAUGAUUGCAACAACAGCUUCUUGCUGUCAGAGCAGCAGUGGUGGUGAGGGAAAAGGUACCUUCCUGUUCCAUGAGUGCGUCAUCUAUAAUAUUUAUUUAUUUAUGCAGUGGUGGGAGGGGUGCUGGCACAUCAAAGAUGGUCACAGACAGGUCAUUGGAUUGAAUCAACUUUCAUUUUAGCCCUGUCUUCAUUGCUAAAUGAAACCUGGUGUUUUCCAGUUCUCAAGCCAGGGAUGUGAUUAGUUUUGGGCAGUGCCAAACUAGCACACCACCACACAGUGCUUUUUGUUGUAGUGUGCCAAAACCUAAAUGCUGCCUGCGGCAGUGAAUGAGCUCAAGUGGCAAUGGUGCUGUAUUUGUGGUCAAGAAGGAAUUUCCCCUCAGAUCAGAUUGCCUUGUGCCUCUGGGAAUAUUUAUUCAUUUUGCCUUCCCAGGUUUUGAACACAUGAAGCUCAGGUGUAUGAGACAUUAUUCUAGAGCAGCAUUGUCUCUGUUGUUUGCUGGGCCUUUAAUUCCUAUUAUUACUGUUAAAGGAGCAGGGGCCCAGGCAAAGAGGUGAUGGCCCUAUUCUACAACUAUUUCCUGUACCCUUUCCAGCUCCUUAGUCAGAUGAUUUGUGAUUAUUUUUGGCCUGAUUAUAGAAAGAUGACUGCUUUCCUUCCAGUUGUGAUUCCAUAUGCUCUAAUUGCCUCUAUUUAACCAAGGAUGGUUCUGAUUUUCUGAUACCAGUUCCUUAUAAACCACUUAUUUCUGCCUUUCAGAUAUUCACAACAUCUUUUUAAAAUAUUUUUGUUAGCAUGAGUUGAUAGCUCUUUUCAGAUGCUCAACUCCAUGUCCAGGAUCUCUAGAAGUUCCAUCCACCACCACCCUUGAUGGCACAAUCUGACAUACCUACUCAGAAUUAAGUCCCAUUGAGUUCAGUGCCACUUACUACUAAGUGGUCUCAUGUUUUUAUCCUUGUAAAUGCAUGCCCACAAGCAGUGAGGUUCUACACAUGCAUUACCUACUAUUUCAGAUGGCUGAGGCCCAUGUUGAGCUCCUUGUGGAAUGACAAUGUUUUCUAAAAUACCUUUAACCCAAAGAACCAACAUCUUCCUGUCCUUUAAAAAACAGUGCAGCACAAGCCUGUUGAACAACAAAUGGAUUUGGCAUGCACUGCUGGAGUGGGACCUUCAGCAGUGUGAAAUGGGGAUGGGACAUUCUCAGGUGUCAGAAGACUGGUUUAAAAGUGGGUUCCUAUUAUCAUGUGAAGAAAUGACUGGGGUUGCGUAUGAUACUCAGCGCUGGUCCUGCCAUUAGCAGAUUGAGGCGGAGACCCCAACUGGGGUUAGGGAGAAACAGCAGUGUAUUUGCAGGGCUGCAUUCUUGAUGUGCCAGGUAAGCUGUCCUGUAUCCUCCCGAGUCUUGCUGCUUAGGGCCAGUGAACUGCGCCUCUGCCAACAGCGAACUCUUCCAGCCUGGACAUGGAGCUGGGGCUGGGACCAUCUUGCCCUUCCUCUCAUGUAGCAAAACAGCUGAGCUUAGCCCUGGUGCGUCCAUGACAUUAGAAAAAGCAGGGCAUUGGUUCCUAAGCAGCUAACAGGGCAGGCGGGUCUCCAAAAAGCCUCACUAGGUUAAGCCCAAACUCAAAAACGGGAUUAUUAUUUUUUUAAGGCCCAGGUUCCAAGCUGCAAAAACUGAAAUAUCCGGAUGGCGAGGGCCUUUCUCUGCGGGGUCACACAGCUUUGCCCACCGCAUGACACACUCCAAGUCUCGCCAGGUGCAACGGGAUUGACGGUGCCACUCCUGACAGGUCUCCUCAUGAGAAGGCCUCACUGACUUCAGAGGGGGGGGGUGUUACUCCCAGGUCGAACGGGUAUAGCAGCAAUGCACCCCCACUUCCCAAAUGUGUGCGUAGGACCGUGUAGCCACAGGGCGACGACCGUCGUGGUUUUAGGCGGCUUGAGAAGAGGCUGGACUCGGCUCAGCCUCGCACUGAGCGGGAAGACGACGACGACAAAAAUGGCCGUUUUCCCUGCGCCGCGGUGCGCCAGCCACGCCGCUAGAGGGCGCAGUAGGCAGACAACAGCUCCUCCGGGCUCGGUCCGCGACGUGCGUAGCCCCCGUGACCCACCUGUGACUGUCGGGCCGGCCCCGGUUCGGAGACGGCGGAGUGUGCCCGGGUGGCGGCGGCGGCGGCGGCAGUGGCGCCGCAGCGGCAACGGCCCCGCUAUGUGGCUGGGCCCGGAGGAGGUGCUGCUGGCCAACGCGCUGUGGGUGACGGAGCGGGCCAACCCCUUCUUCCUCCUGCAGCGGCGGCGGGGCCACGGCAAGGGGGGCGGCCUGACGGGUGAGUGGAGCCGCCGAUCGCCAGCUGGGCGAGGAGGAGUUGGAAGAGGGGAGUCCGUCGGCCGCCGCCGCCGCCCGGGGCCUCGCGGGCAGCAGAGGCGCUGCUGGGAAGGCUUCUCGGGGAGAGAAUGGGCCCUGUCAGGGCAGCGCCCGAAAGCGCCUUCGCAGCCGCAAGCUGCCCCUCAUCCCUCGCUUUAAAACGCACAGGGAGCCGGGCCUCUUCGCCCAGGGCCGCUGCGGCUUGCGGGUGUCAGGUCCAGUGCCCCCCCCCCCCCCAGCCAAGUAGUUGGCUGGUGACAUCGCCCGUUGCCCGUGGGUGUCUCUACCUCCCCACCCUUUCUCCAGGUGGACCAGAGAGGAUGCUUCUGGGUGCUGAAAGGGUUUGGUCCUGCCCUGGGUGAAGGUGCCUGUGCGCAAAAGCACCGACACUGGUUUCCCCUUUCGCCCAAGGCUUUCAAAUCAGCAGGCUCUUCUUGACUUGUGAUCCCGCCCCAGCCACCAACACAGGUGAAAUUUGGGGGAUGCGUGCCCCGUAAAUAUGUAUAUUUGAAGGUGCCCCUCCCGUGUGUGCCAAUGAAAUACAGAGGAGGGGCUCUGUGGAGUUUCGCAACGUCUGAUGUGGGGAGGAAACAAACAAACGAAAAACAUUGUUGAGAGGCUUUUUUUGAUUAAUACAUCACUUGUAUAUUUUCAUUUGGUAAAUAAUAUGUCGGUAUUGAAACAUUUUACUUUAGAGCUUUGUAGGAUAUGUGCACAGUUUUAAAGGAUUUCAGUGUAAACAAGGGAGCCAAUUAUUUUGCUUUUUAGAGGCUGACACUCUAAUCCACAUUAUUUCAGCAGCUUAGUAUUACACUUGUAACAUUUGUGGUAGUUUUAAACAAUAAAAGCUACUUUAAAGUAAAAUUCCCGUAUGCCAGUAGCAUACCAACUCAUUCGCUUGGCUCCCAGAGACAAGCUGAAUUUAUUCACGCUAUAUGCAGUACAUCUGCACUGCAGAUUCUUGAAGGCCCAAUGCAGAGCAGCUCUGUGAAUUGCUGCACAUCUGUUCAGCAUGUAUUUGUAUUAUAGAUAAAUUUGGUUCCAAGACAGUAAGUGUUGCCUAUGUAAACAUAGGAAUGGCAUUGCUGUGGUGUUGUUUUCUGUCACAGUCUUCCUGCAAAAGUAUACUUUCUUGUGUUAUCAUUUCAUUUGCCUCAACAAAAGUUAAUCUCCAUAGGACAGUGCAGACAAUAGAUUGGGUCCAGACUAAGACUGCAGUCCUAUAUCCACUUACCUAACAGGAAGCCACGUUGAACUCAGUGUGACUUACUUCUGAGUAAUACAGUUUGCGCUGUGUUGGUUGUUGAAUCAAUAAGUCAUUUAUCCCACAGAUUUCAGUGGUACCUAAGUUCAGCUAACUUAGAUCUGUAGCCUUGGUCAUUUUCAUGCCUAAUUGUGGAUUUUGCUUGUUGAAUAUGCUUGGAUCUGGUAAUUUGUUUGAUAUGGGCAGAAGAAGCUAGUGAUCUUACACACAUGAUAUGUAUGUGGUAGAUAUGUAUGUGGCAGCUGUAUCUUUGCAGCUGCAAAUCUUGCAAAAGUCUGCAAAAUGCUUAUAUAUAGUGGUAUUUCAGGUAUUUCAGCUGCUAUCUCCCUAGCGUGAAGCUGGGUUUCUUUACAGUACUUUGCAUAAGAAGGGAUAUUUCAUCAGGUUCUUUCCCUCAUAUUGUAAGUGCUUCAAGCAUUGCAAAUUCCCACAUAUAUGUAUACAGACCGCAUACAGGCCUCUUAAUAUAGACAGAGAGAUUAAGCCAAAAACAUUCACUGGUAAUGUGGCAAUAAAAUGCUAACAUUUCUUUUAUUAGGAGAAAAUGUUCAUAUACAUGUGUGUGUUGUUUUCUCAAACAGUGUUUUAAAAGAUCCCAGUUUAUCUCUCCAGACAGACUAUCUAUCCAUUUAGAAAAGUAGUGCAUGUAUAAUGAUUAUUUGUUAUAAAAAGAUUUAUUAAAAUAAAGUUGCCAUUCAGGAAAUACAUUUUGCCUAGCACUCAAAAUAGUUUUGCUCCUGAGAACAUGUGAUUUCCCUCCCUCCUCUGGUUUCAGUUCACUAGUUAGUUACAGAAGUGUCCAUAACACAUUUUAAACAGAGUCUGUGACAUCGAUAAUGUGCUGCGAACCGCCCUGAGAUCUACGGGCAUAAGGUAAAGGUACCCCGGACCAUUAGGUCCAGUUGCAGAUGACUCUGGGGUUGUGUGUUCAUCUCGCUCUAUAGGCCAAGGGAGCCUGUCUUUGUCCACAGACAGCUUCCAGGUCAUGUGGCCAGCAUGACUAAGCCACUUCUGGCGAAUCAGAGCAGCGUACGGAAACGCCAUUUACCUUCCCGCCAGAGCGGUACCUAUUUAUCUACUUGCACUGCAUGCUUUCGAACUGCUAGGUGGGCAGGAGCUGGGACCGAAAAACGAGAGCUCACCCUGUCACUGGGAUUCAAACUGCUGAUCUUCCGAUCGGCAAGCCCUAGGUUCUGUAAUUUAGACCACAGUGCCACCUGCGUCCCUGAUAAUGUGCUGUAUAAUAAUAAUAAUAAUAAUAGUAAGAAGAAGAAGAAGAAAAAGAAGAAGUAAUGAACAACAAAAGUCUUCCCUCCCCAGUGUCCACGUCAUUUUGUUAAAAUUUUAAUAUAUUCUGGAAAGAAAGAAAGAAUGCUUGUGGAAUGCCUUGAAUCUCUUAACCACAGUUAAGAAAUUGGAGAGUAUUCCGUAUGCAAUUUUACAAAGAAAAAGAAAAUGCUAACACAUUAAAAACAACAACAACACCCUCCUCUUCAGGAGCUCGUGCUUGGAGCUUGCAGCAGGGCCGGCCCUACUUAGGAAGUCCUAAGGGGAGUUUAUCACAGCCAGGUUUGUAUUUGUUGCCAAAUUUAAAUCACUGGUUUAUGCAUUGGCAUUCUUUGUUUAUUUUACAAGCAAAUGAAACUUGCACUCUGUAAGUUUAUGUACAUACUCUUGGCUGUUACAGAAAGUUGCCCCUCCCCAAGCUGGACAACACAACACAACUCCUGUAGCCCAGCAUUCUGCCACAGGUAUACCUUGGCUUGCUCUGUGCUGGAAUGCACAGAGAAAGGCCUCUAUUAUGAAGUAAACAUCAUGUCCAGAGUUUGGACAAGCUAUCUAGGAAGAAUUGUAUCUUGGGCUACACAUGCACUAGAUUUCAGCUUUGUGGGUGGUCUAGCAAUACUGUGAACAUUUUGAAAUACACCUAUAAGGUUGUCAUGUUCCAGUAAAAACAUAAAAGUCUAUUGUUGCAUCUGUAUGUGAUUUCUUAUGGCAUAAGCUUUUGUGUACUUAACCAGAUGCAUGGUAUCAUUUGGGUAGGGUGUGUGAGAGAGACUGAAAGAGAAAAUUGGAACAGAAAUGGCCUUGAAAUGCAAACUACUCAAAUUUUUUAGAUUGUUUGUGUCAAGUUUAAACUUUUGGGGUGGCCUGAGCAUCUUUAUAAAUUAAUAAAUUUAUAAUUUACCAUAUUGAAAAUAACUUCUAACGAUCCUCAACAAAUCUGAAUUAUAUAUAAAAAAAUCAUAGAUUAAAUAUACAGAUCUUGCAUACUUUGUAAAAACUUAGUUUUAUCAUCUUGGGAAAACAAGCAGUUAUUUGUUGUCUUACCCCUCCCCACAACUAAAUGACACAAAUAGGAAUGCCCUGCAUCAUUUAUGGAAGAUACUCAGGAUAUGAAAUUAGUAAAUCCCUAAAGGAAGAGAGUUCUAGUUCUAAAGGGAUGCAUCACUGAGAGUGCCUCCCUACACGCACGUCUCUGUUGUUUGGACGUGGUAUAUACAAAGUAUAUUUAAGAGGACGUUCUCAGCUGCUCUUGGAGACUACAACUUCUUUUCAGGUACACAGUGCCAAUUGGAAAGCUAAUGCAUUAGCUUAACUUCCUUCAAUAUUUCAUUGGCAAUGAUAUACUGUCAGUAUAAUUCUGCACCCACUCACCAUCACAUAAUUCUCUCUAGUCUUUGUCCACUCAGAAAAUGUGCAACAGGCCUAACACUGUGUAAAAUAGUAAAUAACAUUACUGCUUAUAGCAUUCUGAAGGCAUUUGCGAAGAAGCUUCAAGUAUGCUAUUCUAACACUGCAUUAAACCCAGUUUUGAUGUUGUAUAAAUUUCAGUUCUCCUUCAGCUGUUGUGCCUCAGUGUUCCUUUCCCUGUUAAGAAUGCAUUGUUUUAGUGACUCUGCUUUUCAAAUGUUUGUGAAACCUCAGUCUCUCCUUAAUGUGCAAAGUGUGGUUUGUGCUUGACCUUUGUGGAUUGACCUUUGUUAUUACCAAUUUUGGUUUGAAGGGAAAGCACAAACAAUAGUUUGGACAACUAGGCAAAUAUGAUUUGGCACAACCCCAAAAAGAAAGUGGAAUUUGCCCAUGCACAAGGGGCAUGGUUUGGCAUUGUGUCUGAACCAAGCAUUUCAGACAGUUGCUUUAUCUGUGUGUGUGUUUUUUAAAAGUGGGGUGGCUUAAACAACCUAAGAUGACCAUGGGGAUGAUGGAACAACUCCCCUAAGAGGAGAGGUUACAACAUUUGGGACUUCGGUUCAGAGAAAAGGCAGCAUGAUAGGGGUGUAUAAAAUUAUGCAUGGUGUAGAGAAGGUGAACACAGAGUUUUUUUAUUCCUCCCUCAUAAUACUGGAACUCAGAGACAUCCAGUGAAACUGUUGGAGACAGUAUGCCCUGAAUACCAGUUGCCAUUCAUGGCAGGUGGGAUGAAUGCUGUAGUGCUUAGGUCCUGUUUGCGGGCUUCCCUUGGGCAUCUGCUUAGGCACUCUUAAGAAGAAUGUUGGACUAGAUGGGCCUUUUGUCUGAUUCAGUAGACCCUUCUUGGGAUCUCACAUCCUUUAUAAACUUUUGUAUCAAUAAACACUUUAUUUUAAAUCAUCCCACCAUUUAUUUCACUCUCUCAUUUGCUCAGAUCAUAUUCAUUAUGUUUCUCUCUGCAUCUUGGUCUUCUUAGGGCUACUUGUGGGAACCUUGGAUGUGGUUUUGGAUUCAAGUGCUAGGGUUGCUCCUUACAGAAUUUUACAUCAGACACAGGAUUCUCAAAUCUAUUGGGCAGUGGCAUGUGGUGAGUAAAUACCAUUCUAUAACAAAUAAAUUCUGCCAGUGUAUGAUUGCUGUCCCCCACAGCCAGCUUUUAAAUGCUCUUUAACUAAAAUAUCCUCAAAAGGAUUUUUGAGCAGUUCAAGUGCUCUUCAGAGGCACAUUCUGAAAAGUUUAGAAAAAUCUGGGUGUACAUGUAGACCAGGGGUCAACAACCUUUUUCAGCCAUGGGCCGGUCCACCGUCCCUCAGACCAUGUGGGGGGCGGACUAUAUUUUGAAAAAAUAAUAAUGAAUGAAUUCCUAUGGCCCACAAAUUACCCAGAGAUGCAUUUUAAAUAGAAGCACACAUUCUACUCAUGUAAAAACACCAGGCAGGCCCCACAAAUAACCCAGAGAUGCAUUUUAAAUAAAAGGACACAUUCUACUCAUGUAAAAACACGCUGAUUCCCGGACUGUCCGUGGGAUUGAGAAGGCGAUUGGGCCGCAUCCAGCCCCUGGGCCUUAGGUUGCCUACCCCUGAUGUAGACCAUGGUUGCAAAUCUGGAUUAUGGCCAUUUUACUCAAAGUUUUAAUCCAAUAUUCUAUAAUUGUAUCAGGUGGAGUAGAAAAAAAAACCUCAUUGUCCAGGAUCUGUUCAAAACCAAUUGGCUGAUAGCAAGCAAAUUUGUGUGAAGUAGAGGGUGGGCUGGCAGGGAGCUAGCAGAGGUAUAUUAAGUAAAUACUGGCUAUCUAAUUUAACCAGUAGUAGAAAGUAUUAAAUAUAAGGAAUAGAAGGUUGAAGUUUGCUUUUAAGUGGCGAAGUUACAGUUAAACCAUAAAAGAACAACGCCUCCCACCCCACCCCAAAAAUACAGACAGAGAAACGGCAGGAAGCAUGAUUACCAUAAUCCUUCAAAAAAUCUGGGAGAAGAGUUUGUCUUAGCCUGGUGCUAAAAGGAUGUUGAUGCUGGUGCCAGGCAGGCUUUACAGAAGAGAGCAUUCAAUAAAUUGGAGGGAGGGUAAUUGAAAUGCCUGCUCCCUUGUCACCACUCACUGAACCUUUCUCAUAGAGGGCACCUGGAGAAAAGCUUCAGAUGCAGUAUGUACGGUAUGUUCCAAUCAGGAGAUGUGUUCUGUUAGAUAUUGGUGUCUUGACCUGUAUAUGGCUUUGUAUGUUAAAACCAGCACUUUGAAUUGAGCUUCAAAAAAUAUACGUAGCCACUGUCAUUUUGCCAGAACUGGUGAUGUGGUCAGAUAGCUACAUGUGCGUCAGCAGCCUCGCUGCUGCAUUAUGCACCAGCUGCAGUUUCCUAGCCAUCGUCAGAGGCAGCCCCACAUAUACCACAUUGUAGUAAUCUAAUCUAGAGGUUUCUAGAUUACAGAUUACUGACACUGGAUUAUCCCUUUCCAUGGAAGGAACAUAGCUAGACUGCCAAGCCAAAAGCUGGUAGAAGACACUCCAUGCUUCUGUCCCCAGUGAUAGUAGUGGAUCCAAGAGAACCCCCAAACUAUUGACCUGCUCCUUAUAGUAGCUGUUAUCUGAUUGUUUCUGAAUUUCUCCUUAGGUUCAUCACGUAAGGAAAUAACAAAACACUGGGAAUGGCUAGAAAAUAACCUGCUUCAGACACUUUCUAUCUUUGACAAUGAAGAAGAUAUCACUACCUUUGUCAAGGGCAAAAUACAUGUAAGUGGCACCUAUUUGUCAUGGAACUUUUCCUGUUUUUUAGCAACAGAAUGGCAAUCCAUAAGAACUAUGGGCUGUGAAUUGCUACAUAAAGCUGGAUGUAGGACAAAUAUUUGCCAUAUGCUAUGAGGAAGGGAUGAAAGAGCCACCUAUCUAGAGUGUUUUCGUUUCACCUGGAACAAUAAAAUAGGCUGGCUAGUUUAACAUUCUACCAUAUAGUUAAAGAUCAACACUAUGAUUGUGCUUGAGCCAAGGUUCAGUUUGAACAGACUUCCAUAUAUUUUCAUCUAUCCUUGCUUCUGCAAAGAUAUGUACGCUGUUGCUUCCUUUCCAUCUGGAAGUAUUUUUUCUGCCUUCCAUUGCAGUUGUACGCCUUCACCGCGUGCAUGAUUUUCUUUACAGUAGGUUUGGCACUUGAGGCUUAAACCAGUGCUCUCAUUAGACAUGGCGAGCUCUUUCUCUUAGUGAGACAUUGCGGCCCCAGAGGGUGCUACUUUAAACGUGUUAAACUUUACUGCACUGAAAUUCUUAAGAAGCUUUUGCACAAUGACAGCACAGGCACUCGCUAGGUCACACAUGGGGAGCAAUGGGGCUCAACAUGCUGAUGGAAGAGGCACUGUCUCAAAGUGCACCAUGCUUUCAGCCAGGCCUGAUUUAAAACUUUGCAUGCAGUCAGCGUAAAACAAAUAAUCAUAAACAAAUUUUGAAGGAAGUUCACACAACAUUGGGUGCCUUGUCACAAAUGUUACUGGCAGUAUUCAGUAUGCACAUGUGCAUUGGCACAACCACUCAACAAGCACAGUAGUCGUGGAUGAGCUAUCACAUAUUUCAGAGUACAGUGCAGAGAUAUAUAUAUAUAUAGAUAUAUAUUCAGUCUUUCGAUCAGGCGUGAGGAACCCCUGGCCCUCCAGAUGCCGCCCAAUGACAGACAUUGAACUUUGAGUGUUUGGAAAUUGUAUUAUAUCCACCCAGAAGCAUAACCUCAAGUGGUACACUUGUCAGCUGUGCAUAGCAAAUAAAUAAUGCAACAAAGAAAUGUAGAGGCCAUUAUGUUUUCAUCUGCUACUUUUGCUACUCCUUCCUGCAGGGCAUUAUUGCUGAAGAAAAUAAGAAUCAGCAGCCUCAGGGGGAAGAAGAUCCUGGUAAAUUUAAAGAAGCUGAACUGAAGAUGCGUAAACAGUUCGGAAUGCCUGAAGUAGAGAAACUAGUGAAUUACUAUUCCUGCAGCUAUUGGAAAGGGCGUGUCCCUAGGCAAGGCUGGCUGUAUCUGACUGUUAAUCACCUUUGUUUCUAUUCUUUCCUUUUAGGCAAAGAAGGUAAGUGGUCAGCUGCUUAUUUUUUUUUGUCCAACACUUCUAACUGCCCUUUUUAAAGGUGGUUUUAUAUCUGAUUGUAUAUCCAUAUUGUCUUAAUAGUGAGCCCCAGUUGGGGCAGUGGAAGAAAUUGGCACUCCAGAAGGGAGGGGAGGUUGCACUCCUGUUUGUUUGUUUUUUAGUGAUAUUUAAGCAAUCAGCAGCCCUACGUCCAUGCUGCAGCCCCCAAAUUUUAUUUGAACAACAUUUGUAAAAUAUUUUGCAGGGCUUCCUUCCCAGUCUUUUUUCUUUCUGCUUAAGUACUUCACUGAAUCAAGCCAUAAUUAAAAAAAGAAAAACAGAUAGGCUUCAAAUCUGUUGUGUUCUAAUUUGUUUAAAAUGUCUGUUAGAAAUCUGGUAGUAAUUGUUGCUUUGCGUUUGCAUGUUUCCCUAGUGACCUUAAUAGUCCAGUGGGUAGAUGUAACCCAGCUGGAGAAGAAUGCCACCCUUCUAUUCCCUGAAUGCAUCAAAGUGAGUACCAGGGACAGUGAGCUCUACUUCUCUAUGUUCCUCAACAUCAACGAGACCUUCAAGUUAAUGGAACAGCUGGCUAACAUUGCCAUGCGGCAACUAUUUGAUAAUAAAGGGUAUGUGGAGGACAUGUUGCUUCCUAAGCCCAGCAAGCCUCUCAAAAAUAUUUCAGCACUCAAAAGGUAUGUCUGUCUGUCUUUCUGUCCAUCUCCCUCCCUCUCCUGCUACACUCACACACACCUUGGCACGAGGAAUAAUUUUAAGAAUAGUUAAAUAUGUCCUUGGACUAGAUUGUAUCAUUGUGUCUGGAAAUCACAAAAACAUAAACCAUGUGGAUUAAGUUUUCCAGAAAUUUAGGUUUUAUAUUGGACAGCUUUCAGCCCCUUCCCAUGGAUCCUAUUUACAUUUAUUGAACCUACUAAGUGAUUCAGGAACCUUUGACUUGUACUGGACAUGGAAAAUAGACUGUAGAAAAAUUAAUAUUUGUGAAGUUGUUCUCUUGGUGUCAUUCCAAUGGAAGGAUAUUAGUUUUCUGAUUGUAUACUAUGGGCUUGCACUAAUUCAUCAUAGGGCUGUGUUCCUCCUCAUCUCAACCACUCUAGUGUGUAAUUUCAUAAGAUCUCGGUAGACCAGCCCAUUAUGGAGAAUGGGUGUUUUUGUGCAUCUCCCCAUCCAUUCUUUUGUUCAGGUAGUGCUGGGAGGGCUGGAUGGCAUGUUAGAAGCAUGAACAGACCUCCCAUUCUGUAGCAGUUUGGGGUGCUGAGUGUCUCCAUGUACACAGAAGUAGGGAAGAAAAAGGUAUACCCUUAUACCCUGUGGGGAUCCCUUGUGGGUACUGAACUUUUGUUGGACUAGAUCCACCAUCUUUGACACUGAAGUUGACAAAACGUAUUUUCCUUUUAUUUGAGCAUUAUUUUUGUCAUCGCCUGCAUUUUUUCACAAUUUAUGUAUUAAUUUAUAUAUAGAAAUAGUUGUAUACCACCAUCUCAUAAAAUGUCAGGGUGUUGUACAGCAAUGUACUGGUUCUUCUCACCACAAAAGAUAUUAUAGAGCUGUAAAAGGUUAAGAAAAGGACAACCAAACGAUUAUGGGGAUGAAAAGUAUUUAUCAUCACUAGAGAUUUUUGCCUCUCAAUACUCAGGCCUAACUUUGUGUUUGAUGGAAAUAGAAUCUUGAGUGAGCUGCAUUGAAAUGGGGCAUUUCCUGUAAUGGUUGGAUAGUGGAAUGUAUUAUUUUCCUACUUAGUAUCUGUGUGUAUUAUCAUUUUUCUUCAGAGAUUUGGAUGCUCGAGCCAAAAAUGAAUGGUACCGUGCUUCAUUUCGACUUCCUAAGGAUGAACGUCUUGAUGGGCAUACAGAUUGUACUUUGUGGACCCCAUUCAACAAAAUUCACAUUCCUGGACAGAUGUUUGUUUCCAACAACUAUAUUUGUUUUGCUAGCAAGGCAGAGGAGGCUUGCCAUCUCAUAAUACCACUCAGGGAGGUGAGACACUGUUUCUUAAGGAUGAAUUGUCUUAGUAUCUCAUUGUUACUCAGUUACAUGCUUAUUCAAUUUUUUCAGGAAAUAUUUGAAGGUUUGUUUUUUGAGUGUUAGUAGAUUGGCCUAUUGGUUAAAUAAUUUUCUAGGCUGAUGGCAACAAGAUCCGGUUAUAUUUUUCAGCUGCGGCUAUAUUUUGAGAUGGGAGCUGAUAGGAAUUCUGUGGCCACUGUUUGAAGAAGCAGUUUUAUAUACACAAUAGAGAGUCAAACACAUCCAAGGGCUCCCUCUCCACUUUUGUCAGAGCAGCUUCCAAAGUCAAAGAACCAAACCAUUUUUUGGUUUAGCGUGAGAACCGUCUGAAGAAGAAGAAGAAGAGUUUGGAUUUGAUAUCCCGCCUUUCACUCCCUUUAAGGAGUCUCAAAGCGGCUAACAUUCUCCUUUCCCUUCCUCCCCCACAACAAACACUCUGUGAGGUGAGUGGGGCUGAGAGACUUCAAGGAAGUGUGACUGGCCCAAGGUCACCCAGCAGCUGCAUGUGGAGGAGCGGGGAAUCGAACCCGGUUCCCCAGAUUACAAGACUACCGCUCUCAACCACUACACCACACUGGCUCUCUGAAAUAAAGCAGGUGUUUCAGAAAUGUGGAACUUAAGUAGAAUAGCCUUUCUUUAUCACACUUCUUGCAGCAUUUCAGUUUUCUAUGUUUCACAUGCACUGUGGCAUCUACCUGUACAGAAAAAAACUCAGUGUCUUCAGGAAUAUCUUGACAGCAUUCACCUCCAUAUGUAUCAAUUAUGGAGCUGUUAAUAAAAUAACUGAAAUAGUUGUGAAUAAUCUAUUAAAAGUUAAAUUUAGAAGUUAUGUUAAUACAGAGGAACCUGAUACACCCAAAUGAUCCCCAUGUAUAUUCUCUAGGUCACAAUUGUUGAAAAAGCUGACAGUUCCAGUGUACUGCCUAGCCCACUGUCCAUCAGUACCAAAAGCAAAAUGACCUUCCUUUUUGCUAACCUGAAAGACCGUGAUUUCCUGGUGCAGAGAAUCUCUGACUUCCUGCAGAAAACUCCAUCCAAACAAUCAUGUAACAAUGGAGGAGGACGGAAGAAGAGCUGUGGUGACAAUGCACACGAGGUAUGAGAACUGAGCAUUGAAAAGCCCCUGCUAUUAUUGCAUCAUGGUCAUGGCAAAUUUCAAAUAUGUUUUGACAUGUGGUCUCUUCAGAUAGCCCCUCUUUCUAAAGCUAGAUGCUUGAACCCUGGUGCUUCAUUUGCUUACAGUGGCCAUGUUCAGGUGCAGCACUAAACCAUAGCCCAUAGUUAAGCAAAUUAGUUUUUGCAUGCAACUUGAGCUCUUCCACUAAACUCCUACCUUUAUCGGCAGGGAAUCAAACCACAAAGUAGAUGGUUUAGUGUUAUUUCUGAACCAGUACUUGUAGUUUGUUUGGAGAAAACAAACAAACAAUGAGUACUGAUUUAGACAUCUGCUUCAUUUCCAUUUGGUGGAAAGGGAAAAUGGCUUAGAGUUGUGGCCAGUGACCCACAAUGGAAGGACACUGGGUGUUUUUUUUAACUUUAUCCAAAAGAUUUGGGAAAUUAUCUACUUAUUUAGUCAGAUAUGACCUAUAUUCUCAAUAUUGAGAUGAAAUUGAGAUGAGAGUUUUAUUUUUAUCCUGUGAGGAGUUCUUGUUAGAGAGAAAGCAUUUUCUCAAUGAUACAAGGUUACUAUUAGUCUAAGGGAAAAUGGAUGAGGCAGCACUGACUGCCUCAGAUGUGAGAAUGAGGAAGAAAGUGGUUGGGAACUCUGACUAAGGAAAGCUGAGAUCAUAGCUUAGUGAUAGAGCAGAUGUUUGCAUGCUGAAGGUUUUCCCGAGGUGCCCUGCCUCACUGUUAGUUUAAUAUACCCCUUCAUGUCUUGACGUAUAAAGUUUCACUCGUCAUGUGACUGUGCCAUGUAAGGGCAUGUGCAAGUCCAACAGAGGGAGUCAGCAGUAGCAUACCCUAGCUGUCCUCCUUUCUUCUGUUGAGAGAUAGACUUAUAUCAAAAUACUUACCUAUCAUAGGCAAUGAAGAUAAGCAGAUGCCUAACUACACCUGACCCCUUUUGCACACAACUAACAGAGAUGCAUCUGUUUGGCCAUCAGGUAGUUCUGGGGAAAAUGGGAGCAGCUUCCCCCAAAGCACGAUGCCUACCAAAAAUCAAGAGAUGCUAGCAUUAUUAAAAUAAAACGGGGGCUAGAAGGACAGAUAGUCUGAGCUGGUAUAAAGUGACUUAUUGUGUUUGCCCUUAAUGAUUUUCUUACCUGAGAUAAUCUCCCUGUAGGGGAGGAAAAUGUACACCAUAGCUUGUGUGGCAUGUGUGUUGAUUUGGCUGUGAAUGCACAAGUUAGGUGGCCAGUUCAUCCUGUCGAUCCUGGAUGUGUCUGGUGGUGUAGGUGUAUAUAAAUUAUUGGUCUUCUGUUCCAUUUUGUUUAAUGGUUCCACCCUUCCUCAUAUACUUGGUUCAUGAGAUGGUAUGCUUAAUGGUUACUUCUUAGUUCAGUGCUGUUUGCUCAGAGCUACACACUGAGUGAGCUACCUAAGUGCCCUGGAUUCUAUCCAGCAUGUUCUGCUUUUAUCAGAGAAAAAUGAUGCAUCAUACCAUGCUAGUCUUAAGGGAAAGCAGAUUAGGCAGCACUUGACUGCCUCGGAUGCUGAGCAAAGGGGAAAGUGGCUGAGAACUCUGGCUAAAUUCUCUAGGAGCAACGUCAUCAAUGAUGGUUUUCCACAUGGGAUAAUGGGCUCAUAAUUCACUGUCAUUCCGCUAGUGAACCAAAUGACAGGGAUGAGGACUCAGUUAAUGAACAGUGUUGUGUGAUGGCUUCGGUGUCGGGAGGCAUAAAGAAAGAUGAACGUCAGAAGCAAGUGGGUAGAGGAACACAUAUGAGGGGUGUAAAUCUCUGCAUAUUGGUAAAGCUGGCUGAAAUUUUUUUUUUUAAGCAUCCAGGACCAACAGGCUAGUGAAAAUGUAAAAUGAGCUGGUCACUGUUCCCACCAUAACUGAUUGGUAGACUUACUCAGUGACAUUUCAUAUUGGUUGAGACGGUGGAACAGCACUUUAUAUUCAUAAUGCUGAUCAAUAAUUUGGGCAUCUCCUCAAGCAUUGAUAAGCCUGUUGGUCAGUAUCAUCAGGCUCCAUCUGACUGUUGUUGUAGUGGUAAGCUUAUUGGUCAUUACCACUCAGUGCUGCUUCACAUACUGCCUUUUUGAGGCAUAUGCAUAAUAAUGUGCUGUAUGCUGAGACAUAAACGUUUGGAAACACAUCUAUAAAUUUGGGAAAGUGGUUUGUCCAUUUGUUCUCUUGACAUCUGGUCAUCUCUUGAGAAGUCACCAAAUUUGGCACCAGGGUUUCCAGGGUGGGGGUGCCAUUCAUCAGUGUUUGUAUGCUGGCUGCCAUUUUGAAUCAAUAUGUGAACCAAAACGUGACAUGAGCGUGACUUUGUUUUUUGGCAUAGGUUUGGCUGCCUUUCAAUAAAUCAUCAACAAAGUUGGCACAAAGGUUCCAAAGGUGGGGCAGCAGACUUCAUUGCCAUUUGGACACUGGGUGCCAUUUUGAAACAAGAUUGCAGACUGAAAUGUCACUUUGGUGUGACUUCGUCCAUUUUUUGACAUAGUUUCAACCGCCUCUUGAGAUACGGUCACUAAGCUCAGCAAUAGGGUUCUUGGGGUGGGGUUCUAUGUUGAUGUUUGGGUGCCAGGUGCCAUUUUGAAUUAAGAUGGUGGACCAAAACGUGACUUUUGAUUUCACUUCACCUGAUAUUUGCCAUAACAGAUCCAAAUCCACAAAUUUCACUAUCCAUUUUAAAAUCACAGUAUUUUUUGGUUUCUAAAAAAUUAGCUGGGCACUUCCCACUAAUGAUUUAGACAGGGGCCAUAGCUUCCUAACAGGUAAAGGUAAAGGGACCCCUGACCAUUAGGUCCAAUCGUGACUGACUCUGGGGUUGCGGCGCUCAUCUCACUUUAUUGGCUGAGGGAGCCGGCGUACAGCUUAUGGGUCAUGUGGCCAGCAUGACUAAGCCACUUCUGGCGAACCAGAGCAGCACACGGAAAUGCCGUUUACCUUCCUGUCGGAGUGGUACCUAUUUUAUCUACUUGCACUUUGAGGUGCUUUCAAACUGCUAGGUUGGCAGGAGCUGGGACCGAGCAAUGGGAGCUCACCCCAUUGCAGGGAUUUGAACCGCCGACCUGAUUGGCAAGUCCUAGGCUCUGUGGUUUAACCCACAGUGCCACCCGCGUCCCUUGUUAUUAGUGACCUUCCUGUACAUCAUAGAUGGCCACCUCAGUGAAGAAUCAAAAACAGAUGAAUUGAAAUGCACUAACAGUGGUCUCUAAUGUACCUAUAUUAUAAAGCCUUGGAACACCUUUUAGUCACACUAAAUGCCAUUUAAAUUGCAAUGGAAGCCUGUUUGCUCCUUUAUAAUUUUCAGUUUGUACAUUUUUAAGGAAAUUUCAGAGCUGUCUCCCAGCAGCCCACUUGCAGCCAGCCCUGUCUCACCUCUCAACAAUCAGCUGGCCAAUUUGUGCACAGAUGAAGUACCAACAGCAUCCCAGGGACUGCUUAAACUGUUCGGGAACAACACUGAGGAGCUCGUUGGACCAAAAGGGGUAAGUCACCAACUCUUUUAUUGGGGGAGGGGGGUGUUAAUAGUUCUAAAACUAGUACAAUAAAAUCCUCUAUAAAACCAUAUGUAUUGAGGGGGGGUCAGUCAGAUUUAAUUUGCAAAAAAAGAAUUCAAAAGAUGUUCAUCUAUGCAUUAAAGACAUGGGUAAUAUUUUUUAACAAUAGCUGUACCUAUUUUUUGUAUGGCUCAACCUUAAGGCCUUUGGCAAUAAAUUUGAAAGAAGAAAGACCAGGCACAAAAAAACUAAGGCAUGUACACCAAGGAGGGAAAUCUUAAGCAAGACCCCAUUUAGUGACCUUCAGGAUUCACAUGGAUAGGUUUUUAAAUACUUUUUAGCUUAAGACCAACAUCUUGCAUUGGGCCUGGAAGCCAAUGGCAAAAGUUGGUUCCUAGUGCUUCUGUUCCAUAAAAGUCUGUUGGGGCACUACAUUGGGGAGAUGAUGCAUUGCCUUGUAUUAUAAAAGUAGAUAUGUGAGAAAGUAAUUGGGUUGAUCAUAUUAUUUUGUCUUGUGAAUGCUAAUCCAUUCAGGCAUGCCUGUACUAAUCCUUAGGUAUCCAAAAAUGGUACUCUCUGAACACAGCAAUAAUACACCAUAUAACUAUGCUAGAGAUUGAGUCCCAACUUAAUUUUGCUGAGUGUAUAUUAAAGCAGAUAGUCCGUGAGAUGUGCUGCCUUGGUGCCUAUUCUGUUUUUAAAACAAAACAAAACUGCCCGUUGAGAGUGGAGCUAUUUGAUAUCUUGUUUCAUCUUGCACAUUUCUAUUACAAUAUCUUUGCCAGUUACUAUAAGAGAUCGAUGUUACUAGAUUAUUUAUAGAGCAAAGUUUGCUGUGUAAGAGUGGAAAGAAAAUCCCAGGGUUUGGUCAUCUGAAGUUUCCAGUAUUGUGAUCACAGUAAUGGUUUCUUUAGGCAAAGGAGACGAUGAAAGAGGAGUCAUGGAACAUUCAUUUUUUUGAGUAUGGGAGAGGAAUGUGUAUGUAUCGCACAGCCAAGACCCGUGAACUGGUGCUAAAAGGGAUUCCAGAGAAUCUUCGUGCAGAGCUAUGGCUCCUAUUUUCAGGUGAGACAUUAUAUGCUCAACAGGUUUCCCUUUUAAUGGAAAUAGAAGUUUUUCAGUUAAUCUUUGUGGGCUACUUCCACUGUUACAAUGUAGGGGUUCCCAAAGCUGGAAGUGACCUCAAGAAUCAUCUAUAAUUCCUUCCAAUGGUCCAGGCAUGGGGAACACUUCACCCUCCUGAUGUUGCUGGUCUGCAGUUCCCAUCAUUGCUGACCAAUGACAAUGUUGGCUGAAGCUGAAGGGAGCUGGAGUCUGACAGCACCUGCUGUUCCCCAUCCCUGCAUUUGUCCUGACCAGUGGUGGCCCAUGUUGAGUUUUCUUCCCUUGAAAGAUUAAUGGAGAGAUCACAUGCAUGGAUUGCAGGAUAGCUGACAUGAGUUUAAAAAUGAUUUCUAAAUACACAUAUAACAGCAUUAUGUCAUGCAUUUAGUCCAUGGUCUAGCACAGCCACAAGGAAUUGAAAGUGACUAGUUUUUGUGUGCGUCACUGCAGGAGCCUGGAACGAGAUGGCUACUCACCCUGGAUAUUAUGCAGACUUGGUGGAACAGUCACUGGGAAAGUAUAGCCUUGCUACAGAGGAAAUAGAACGAGACUUACAUCGAUCAAUGCCAGAGCACCCUGCCUUCCAGAAUGAGCUGGGGAUUGCUGCACUUCGAAGAGUACUGACAGCAUAUGCUUUUCGGAAUCCCACAAUUGGCUACUGCCAGGUAAGAGAGUGGUGGUCAAGGAUUAGCUUGCAGUUUGGCACUUCACAUCCAAGUCCAAUUAAAUUUCAUAUUAGAGCUCUAGCUACCUGUCGGUACGAAUGCUGCCAGUAGUGUGAGAGACUCCCUAGUCCUGAAUGGAGUAACUGUGUCCCUGAAAGACCAGGUGCGCAUCCUGGGAAUCAUUUUUUAUUCACAGCUGUCCAUGGAGGCGCAGGUCAAUUCUGUGUCCAGGGCAGCUGUCUACCAGCUCCAUCUGGUACGCAGGCUGAGACCCUAUCUGCCCACAAACUGUCUUGCCAGAGUGGUGCAUGCUCUAGUUAUCUCCCACUUGGACUACUGUAAUGCGCUCUACGUGGGGCUACCUUUGAAGGUGACCUGGAAACUACAGCUCAUCCAGAAUGCGGCAGCUAGACUGGUAACCGGGAGUGGCCGCUGGGACCAUAUAACCUAAAGGAUCUUUAUUGGCUCCCAGUACAUUUCCAAGCACAGUUCAAAGUUUAAAGCCCUAAACAGCCUCGGUCCAGUAUACUUGAAGAAGCGUCUCCACCCCAUCGUUCAGCCCAGACACUGAGAUCCUCCUCUGAGGGUAUUCUAUUGGUUCCCUCACUGCGAGAAGUGAGUUUACAGGGAACCAGGCAGAGGGCCUUCUUGGUAGUGGCGCCCUUCCUGUGGAACACCCUCCCUUCAGAUGUCAAGGAGAUAAAGAAGUAUAUACCUUUUAGAAGACAUCUAAAGGCAGCCCUAUAUCAGGAAUUUUUUUAAUUUUUGAUGCUUUAUUAUGCUUUAUGUAGUCUGUAAGCCGCCCAGAGUGGCUGGGGAAACCCAUCCAGAUGGUGGGGUAUAAAUAAUAAAAUUAUCAUGCAUAGCCCUAAGCACCACUCAAGGUUGAGCACAACCAGGGCUGAUGGCUCUGCCUAGUCUGAUGGAAUGCCCCCGUCUUCCCGCUGUAGAAUUUCCAGGAGCUUUUAUGGAAGGGGGGGUGAAGCAUCCUUCCUUCCCACUCCACCUGCUAAAUGUCAUUAUUUCUAAUAAAAGCACUAAUACUAGUUACUUGAAGCAAAGAUGUGGUUCUGAGCUGUAAAAUCUUUUAUUCGAGUUAUCUCAUUUAUCAUUUGUGUCUUAUGCUUUGACAAACUAAAAUAUAAUAACUGAUUGCUGCCCUAAACGAGCUUCUCACCUAGUGUGGAUUAUUAUUAUUCUCCUUUUGCAUGCCCACUUCCUCUCAGGCCAUGAACAUUGUGACAUCGGUACUGCUUCUGUACUGUAAUGAAGAAGAAGCUUUCUGGCUCCUUGUGGCCCUGUGUGAGAGGAUGCUGCCAGAUUAUUAUAACACCAGAGUGGUUGGUAAGUCUUCCAGUUAACCUUAAAAGCUAGAAUUUGUUUUUACAGAGCAAUUCAUUGGAUAGGUAGGUUAUUUUGUCCUUAGAACAGGAGGUGUGCGUUGGAAGCCUUGGCCUCAUAAAACCAGGUUUUGAAUAUAUUCUUUAAAUUAUAGGGUGAUAUCUGAUUUUGUGUGAGCAUACAGGAGGGCAGAGUGCAAGAGAAAGCCUGCUUCAUUGUUGAUGGCUGCUACUAAAUAUCCAUACAGUUGAGAAAAAGCUGAACGAGUCAGUUCAAUCACCUGUCAUAAUACAAGAUACCUUGAAAAAGACAAAUCACUUGCCUGUCUAGUCUUUGAUUAAAAAUCUUCAAGGACAGAAGUUCUGGUAUCUUCCUAACCACUAUGUUUGAUUCCUAAUUUCUCUUGUGUGGAUUUUUUUUGAAAAAAAGUUUAAUCUGCUAUUGACUUUAUGUAAUUUUAUAUCCGCUACAUUCAAUCCUAUCCUUAGCAGAUAGAAUAAAUAAAUAUACUCCCUUAAAUCAAUUCAAAUAUUCUAAAACUGUCAAUAUAUUAGCAUCUCCUCUCUAGCUCCUCCCCAGUUUCUUUAGCUUUUGCCUGCUUGAGCAAAAUGUGCUCUUCCACUGAACUGAGCAAUACCAUUGCUUCACAAGUCUGAAAUUGAUAUCAUCUUCUCAAAAUAAUUCAGAAACUAGAGUUAUUAAUAAUUAAAUGCCCAAAAUGAUUGAGGUUGGCAGGUACUGCCAGGGAAUAUCAGCAGGACUGGUGAAGGAAUAGAGAAUUGAUUGAAGGUUUUCUGAAAUGUUAAAAUACAUAUUUGACUGAGUGAGAACAAUAUAAUAGGUACUGGGCUGCAGUGAGACCUUUACUAAGGCUUCAGAAAUUUAAACUAAAUAUAGAUUCCUUAUAUUUAAUUUAUAUAUGGAAUUGUUUAAUUGUAUAUGAGCAUACUGCUGAGUCUCCCAACAGGUUGUGUUUUGCUCUGAAAGGCAUGGAAGGUUCAGUCAUUUCAGUAAAGACACAUAACAUUCAUUUUAAAUUUAGUAUAGUGCUUAUCCUUUAAAGAAGCUAAUAAGGGAUAUUUCACACAGUAAUACUUAACACUCAGUGAUUGCUACAUGAGGUAAUGAUGUCCCAUGAGUAAAACAGCCAUUGUAACCUAAAUAUUGCAGUCAGAAGGUUGUAUCCAGUGGACUUCCACUUGCGCAGUGAGACUUCCUCAUUCUCUCCUUCCCAUUUCAGGCCCCAUGCACCCUACAGAACCGUUCUGUUGGGCUUUCAGAUUUCAUUUCAUCACUUCCUCAAGCACAAUAAUUUUUAGUGGACGGCUGCUCCCUCACAAUAUUCCUUUGCAAGCCAAGUGGUGAAUGUACAGGUGGCUUCACCCUAAGGCAAAUCAGUUAUUCUCUGCACUUUUGUUUUGCUGUAGGUUUACCUCAGCCCCUUGUCUGUAAUGUUGAGUCUAUGCUACACUUCCAGUUCCAUGUUGCAGAUAACUCUCUCUCUCUCUCUCUCUCUUUCCUGUUCAGGUGCCUUGGUAGACCAGGGCAUCUUUGAGGAGCUCACACGGGACUGUCUUCCCCAGCUAUCUGAGAAGAUGCAAGACCUGGGAGUCAUUUCCAGCAUAUCACUUUCUUGGUUCCUCACACUCUUUCUCAGUGUCAUGCCUUUUGAAAGUGCUGUGGUCAUUGUUGACUGUUUCUUCUACGAAGGCAUCAAGGUCAUCUUGCAGGUAUCUCUGGCCAUCCUGGAUGCCAACAUGGAGAAGCUGCUUAACUGCUGUGAUGAAGGCGAGGCCAUGACUGUCUUGGGCAGGUAGCCUCAUUUUUCUGUUUCACAAUGAAAUGAAUGGUAAUGGAUAUGGUAAUAGCUACCAUUAAUUCUUCCUUCUUAUCCCUGGCUAGUGACUGAAGCUUCUUGCUUUUCACUUGGCAGGGACCAGUUAUUACAAGGAUAAUAAUAAAAAGCCAUUUGCUCAAAGCCAUGUUUCAGUGUGUUGUGAGAUAUGCCCACCGUAGGUAGUGAAGCCCAGAAAGAUUUAUUGUAACUGCAAGAUCCGUUUAGCCAAAAUAGAUAAUUUGUGGCUAAAUUUAUAAGUACCAUAUUUUUCCGUGUAUAAGACGCCCCCCUGUAUAAGAUGCCCCCUAUUUUGGGGGACUUCAAAUUAAGAAAACACCCCUCAGCACUAUCUGUGUAUAAGAUGAACCCCAAUUUUAAACCUAAUUUUUUGGUUAAAAAAACCCCAGUCUUAUACAUGGAAAAAUACGGUAAUUUAUGGAUAAAUUAAUAGAAAUGUAACUAGGAAAUCUGGUUUCCAUGAAAGAGGCUAGUGAAAUCUCUUUCAGCCAGGAGCAUGUGGGCUAGCAGGGGUCAGAAAUGAACAAUCACAGUGCUGACUUUGAUCAUCGUAAUGAAGUCUUUCAAGAAGGGUUUGCUUCAGAUAGCAACUCAGUUCUGCUGGAACCAGCUGUUACCCAGCCUAUCCUGUCUUGGAGUAGAUUCCAAUAGCAACCAGCCAUCUUAUGAGACAGGUGCAGGGAACAUUUUGGCCCUCCAAAAGCUGCUAAAGUACAAUUCCCAUCAGCCUCAGCAAACAUGACAAGCUUGACCAAAGGCCAAGGAAAAGGGAUUUGUAGUUCAACAACAUCUGGAGUGCCAAAGGUUCCUCACACAUGUUAAAAGAUAAACAGUGAGUCAGUGGGUUUACUUGUACAAGGGUCAGCUGCCUUCCUGCUCUUCCCCUCCUUUGAAUGAGUGACCAGCUACUCCCCAGCUAACAGGAGGAGAGGGUUGAGACAGUGAAGACUGCUGCUGAGCAGAAGCCAUUUGCAACUGCCAGAAGAAAGAGGGGAGGUUGUGAGGACUUCCUGCUUUGAUCAUUCAUAUUUUAUUCUAGUUUUUGCAUGUUGCCUUGAGUUUUUCUGCUGAAAAAGGAAAGCUGUAGAUAGAUAUGAUACAUAUGACACAUACAUAAACAAAAUACAUUUUCCUGUUAAUGGUUGUUAUUCAACCUUUAUAGUAUGUUCAUUUGGUUUCUUGUAGCAUAUAAAUGAUUUGUACAGAGAUUGAAUCAGAAGUAAUGAGAAUUAAUCAUCAGUGGAAUUAUGCAGGCUAGGUAGAACUAUAUAAACUAUUCAGAAUGGUAACCCUAAACUUGGGUUAUGCAUUAAUCCCAGGUUCUGUCUUUUACUUUUGGUUUUCCUGUAGGUACCUGGACAACGUAGUUAAUCGACAAAAUGUUUUCCCACGUAUUCCCCACCUCCAUGCCUUAUUGACAAGUGGGGAUGAUCCACCAGAUGAAAUUGAUAUCUUUGAACUUAUAAAAACAGCCUAUGAGGUCAAGUGCUGUCUUAUUUUUUCCCUCCUUUUUAUUUAAAUACCUUACCAGACUUGUAUUCCUUGUUAAACUCCACACCCACCCACCCCCUUUUUCUCCUUCAUGCUGCUUUUAAUCUUGGGUUGUUCAGGGUAAUUAUUUAAAAGAUGGGAUUACUAUUAUUUUUAUCUUUGUGUUUGUUUUUAUAUUUUGGAAACUACUUUGACUCCUUUGAAGGGGGAAAGUGGGAUAUAAAAUUUUGUAUUAAUCAGUCAAACUUCUUUGUGAUACAUGCACAAUUUCUGGAUAUGGGCUUGAUGUUACUUCUCUCCCUCUGCCCCACCUUUGAUAUAAACCUUAUUAAAUCUGAGUCUAGUCUUCUGAAAUGUUACAUGCAUGGUUAAUGCAAUAGAAGGGAAGCAAAAUCGUUGUGUUUUACUUCCCCUGUUUAGACAGUGACUUGUUGCUGCUUGCUAAUGUAUCUUCCCCUUCCUCUGCCAUUAGUAUUUCUAUUCAUGGCUUUCAAACAUUGCUAGAGGCAGCUGUUUGGGACUACAACUCCCAUCAUCCCUACCUAACAGGAUCAGUGGUCAGGGAUGAUGGGAGUUGUAGUCCCAAAACAGCUGGAGGGCCGAGUUUGACCAUGCCUGCUUUAGACAGAGAUUUGCUUUCUCCCCAGUGAAAUCAUUGCUUAGGAAAUUAUCUUCAAAUGCUUCAUUGAAUAUGUGGUAUUCCCCUGUGGCUCUAAAGAUAAAUCUUGUUUACUUUUAUUACUACAGAAAUUUGGCCACUUGAAAGCAGAUGACAUUGAGCAGAUGCGCUUUAAGCAGAGAUUGAAAGUGAUCCAUUCUUUAGAGGACACAGCUAAGAGAAGUGUGGUAUGUUGCACCCAGUUUUGUGUUAUAGGUAUUGGGUAUGUUGAUGCUGUUCAAAUUUUUACCUUUGCGGAUAGGAUGAGUUUUUAAAAAAGUAAAUCAGGUAAUCAAAUGAUUAGCAUGCACUGAAGGACACUUUGCUUAAAGUUAUUCUACAGAGAGUUGUUUUGUAUCACAUUUGAAUUAAGAAAUUGUGAGUGAUGAUCUUGGGGUGCAUCUGCUGCAUCUGAGAAAUUGCCAUAUAUUUCUCUGAAGACAUGAGAGUUUGGCCUGAAAAAGUUGUGAGAAAAAAUUGGCAGGCUUUAAAAAAAACCCCUUCUACUGAGCUCUCCUCUUUUCCUCCACUGAGGGUGUGGCAACCAGAGAUACUGACCUUUCUCAUCCUCAGAACUCCUGUGCCAUAGAAUCUCAAGGGAAGAAUAGCUUUCACGUCUUCUUGCUUCUGUUUCCCCCCCCUGUUGUUUAUGCCAUUGUGGUGUUCAUUCCCUCCAGAUAGGAUCAGAUGUCUCCAAGUGAAUGUCUCUAAUGCCCUUGUAGAUGUUUGACAGUGAGUGGAUCAAAUAGAUAAAAGCUGAAAGGAUGAAGGAGUUGACACAUUUCCUGUUCCCACUUCCAAUUACAGUGCACUGAGAGCAGGAAAUGCAUUUAAUGUUUUUGACCACUUUUUUGCUGUGUUUACCCCCCUGAGUUCAAGGGAAUAGAGCUACUCUUCUCUAGCUGUUGUUGAGGUUUUUGCAUCUUCCUGUCUCAGAUCAAUAGCUCCCAAAUGCAGACUUUAGUAUUCUGCUCAAAAUCAUUACAUGUUCCUUCCUUUCUCCGGUCAAGUCCCCAGACUUUGAAAGUCAUUUUGUCAUGCUUUGUUCGAAGUAACCUUCCUGGUGUGUUUUAAUUUAACUUUUCCAAGUUCACAGCAAAAAUAAUUAAAAUAUAUCUGUUUCUUUGUGUUUCUGUAGGUCCGAGCUAUAUCUGGUGACAUUGGUUUUUCUAUGCAAGAAUUAGAAGACCUCUAUGUAGUAUUUAAGGUAGGAACCCUGCAUGAAAGCUUAUUUAACAAUAUACAGCAUAAUCAUAAGCAUGUUUGCUCAGAAGUAAAUUUCACUGGGACUUGCUCCAUAGUAAUCCUUAGUGUAUUUUAUUUACCAACAUACAGUGUAAUCUUGGCAUGUUUUCUCAUAUAUAACGCCCACUGAUUUCAGUGGGAUUUAUUCCCUACUGAGCAUCCUUGUGACUGCAGCAUGAGAGCAGAACCAGAAUUAUUAGUAACAGUAUUAUCUGUUAACUUGUACUCUGCUGUUCCAAGCUUAAUGAAUACAUUCAGUUUCUUUGGCUGAACCCACCAUAGCCUCUGCCACUGCAGUUGAGAAGUAAGAAUCUAAUUUCACUUAUCUACUUGUUGAACAGAUUUAAGUGGAAUUCUUCCAACUGAUCCAUUGAAAGUUUAAAGGGCUAUAGAACUGCAGAAGGAAAUACCUUUCAUUCACAUUAACAUUUCUACCUGAAUCUGCAUCUCAAGUUGGUGGUGUUGCUUAUUGCAGGGGCAGUCAAUGUGGCACCCUCCAAAUGCGUUUGGACUCCCACCAGCCCCAGCCAGGAUGGCCAAUCCUCAGGGACAAUAGGAGCUGUAGCUCAGCCACAUCUGCUGAGAACCACUACCUCCAUCUUACUGUUAUGAUUAACCUUUAGAUGUACCGUAGUAUCUUUUCUGCCUGUUGCAGUUGAUUAAAAGUUAUUUCCAAGCCUGAAAAAUGUAAAAUGGUGUUGGUAUUCAGCUCACAGGUUUCCCCACCAUCACCUAUGGGUUUGGGUUGGCUUCAAGACUGAAGUUUUGAAAAUGUAAUUAUUGUCUGACCACAAUAAUUAUAGUACCACCUUCCCUUCACAGGCAAAACACCUAAUGAGCUGUUAUUGGGGAAAUCACACUGUAUCUGCCCAGCGAGACCAGAGCCUGCCCUACUUAGAGCAGUACCGCAUUAACAUGGAGCAGUUCAAGGAGUUGUUUGCAUCUCUUACUCCUUGGUCUUGUGGCCUCCACACACCAGUGCUAGCAGAAAGAAUGUUCCGACUGUUGGAUGAGAACAAAGAUGCACUAAUUAACUUCAAGGAGUUUGCAACAGGGAUGAGUGAGUGGCUUAUAUAAAAGAUUCAAUGUACUGCUGAAGCAUAAAUUCUUGCCUCCUCCCUGCUUCUCCUAUCUGCUGGUCAAUUGUGAGAGAAUGAUGCAAUUGCAUAUUUGAAUGAUUUCCUCAUAAUAUGUUUGUGGUUGAAAUGUUUUCUCAUUAUUAGGCCAAUUCAUUCCCCCACCCUUUGAUGUAGGGUGAGAAAUAUAAAUGGUAGUUCUCCUAGUGUGCCACAUUCUACUCCAAAUUAGCAGAUAAAGCUUCUAAUGGCUUGUGUAGGAUCUAUAGAUAGAUGUUCGAACCAGUGUGGUUUGGUUGUGAAGCCUGGCUUGAAUCUUACAUUUGCAUGUAUUCACUGUUUGACCUUGGCCAAGUUAAUAGCUAUGAGCUUCAGCUCUCCAUCUCUAAAUUAGAAUAGUGUGACCUACCUCACAAGGCUGUUGAGAGGGGAAACAUAAACAAGCUCUGUGAUGGCAUACAAAAAUUUCAGUGUGGAUAUGGGAAAGCUUCACUUGCUAAAUGUCUGCAUAUCAGGCAGAUAUCAAGCAUAAUAACCUUUCUCAUAAUUUUUUUGAAGUGUCUCCUAAUGCUAAAUUUAUUUUCCCUUCUUCCCUAUUCCUAAUAGGUGGAAUGUAUCAUGGUGAUCUGACUGAGAAGCUAAAACUACUUUACAAACUACACCUACCUCCAGGUGAACCACUUAUUUCUUUCAAAUGUACAUUGGUGGUACCUGAAUGCUGCAACCUGUUAAAGUUGGUAAUAGGUUCUUUCAAAUACAUUAUGUCUUGGUAAGCUUUCAGUAUUCUGUGUUCACUGAGGUUUCAUUUUCCUAAGGUGUCAGUCUAUACCAAUUGGAAAUGUAAUUCUGGUUUAUCAUGACCAGCUCCUUCAGCUACAUUGAGAAAUGAUUUUAAAAUAACUUACAAGAGCUAAAGGUUUUAAUUCACUUCACUGGUGUGGUUUAAUAAAUGAAAUUAAUAUCUGGCCCAAGAGUUUGGGGGUCAUGCGGAGUACACCUCCCUGUGCCAGUACACUUCUCCCUGUGUACACUUCUCCCUGUGCCAGUUCAGUGGCUUAUCUGACUAGCCUUUUAAGUUUGGGCCAGUGCUUUGGGAGAUUUUCUCUGUGAUUCUUCAUUGCAGCCCUUCCUGUAUGUGUCAUCUCUUCUCCUGUCUUUAAGAAACUUGGGUUGGGCUUACUGAAAUGAGUAGAGCAGGAAAGGUGACCUGAAUAUUAUUUAGAAAUUGCUGUCAUGUUAAUCUGCCUAUUGAAGAACUUGAAUACUUGUGUCCAUAUAUAGCACAGGUCAGAUUUGAAUUUAACGAUAAACAAUAGUCUGUCAUUGCAUACAUGAGUUUCUCAAGCAUUAAAUCACAUUUUGCUGUUAAGUCCAAACCUUAGGUAAAGGGACCCCUGACCAUUAGGUCCAGUCGUGGCCGACUCUGGGGUUGCGGCGCUCAUCUCGCUUUAUUGGCCAAGGGAGCCAGCGUACAGCUUCCGGGUCAUGUGGCCAGCAUGACUAAGCUGCUUCUGGCGAACCAGAGCAGCGCACGGAAAUGCUGUUUACCUUCCCGCUGGAGCGGUACCUAUUUAUCUACUUCCGCGGGGAUUCGAACCGCCGACCUUCUGAUCGGCAAGUCCUAGGCUCUGUGGUUCAACCCACAGCGCCACCCACGUCCCAUAGUCCAGGAAAAAGCUUUUUUCAUAAAACAUGGCUUGAAGAUGGCUAGUUCAUACAACCACAGUUUUAGGUUCAGACAUACAGCUAACUGUAGUUUGUGAAAAAUGGAUGUAAAAGCUUUGAGUCUUCUCAUUGUGGCCACGCUGGAGUGGAGUGGGGAAGCACACAAGCCCAAGGCUAGCUUAGGCUUUUUAUUGUUUGUAAGCUACCUUAAAUUCUUCAAAUAAAGCAGGGAAUAAAUAAAAUAAAUAAAAAGGCCAUGGCUUUAUACUUUUCUUUCUUUGUACAGCUCUGAGCCCAGAGGAAGCAGAGUCUGCUCUGGAGGCUGCACGUUACUUCACAGAAGAUAAUGCUACAGAAGGUAACAGGGAUUGGUCUCAUCUGAUUGUAGGAAUGCAUACUCAAUGGUGGCGUUCUUAGCUAUCAAAGAAAUGCUUUAGCCUCUGUUGUGGACUGUGGAGAGAUGUUCUCCUUUUAUAUGAAGCAUUGACUGGCUGCUACUAAGAAAGACUAAAACCACUUAUCAGAUGGCUUUUUCUGCCCAGGCUGUUGCUCAAAUCUUGUUUCCAUUUUUGUUUUCCCCACUUGUUUCUGUUGCUCUGUAUUUUAACUCUCUCUCGUUCUGUCUUGAAUUUAUUCCCUGACCUCAACCCCCCCUCCUCUCUUUUUUUUCUCUCUCUCUCUCUUCUCUUUGCUUCUCUAGUAUCUCCCUUUGUCUCAGAACUGGAUCUCUUCCUGCAUUGUGAUUCUCAAGGUUAGUCUACCCGCCCUUGCAAAGGUGGGCCACUAUUGAUGUACUAAAAUUUACCUGCCUACUAUGUGAGUGAAAGCUCAUUUAAAAUGGAAUUGCUUUAGUGCUGCUCUUCAAUGCGUGGCAGCAGAAUGGAUGCUCUAUGGGUGAGUCGUUCGUGUGUCCAAGAAAUCAACCAGUUGCCUGUGCUGCACGGUGUUAGACUCCACGUGAAGGAGCAGUCUGGUACACAGUCUUGGGGGUCCUUCUGAGUCAAGCUUUGUCAGUGGUUGUUUAGCCAUUGUUAACUUCAAGAUUGGAUUACUUCAGUGCACUUUGUGUGGGGCUCCCCUUCCAGCUGGUCUAGAAGCUGCAAUUAGUGCAGAAUACUGCAGCAUAAUUGCUGACAGAGUGAGAUCAUCUGCUCAAAGAUCAGCACUGGCCAUCAAUUUGCUACCAGACCAAAAUCAAGGCCUUAAUUUUAUUGGCAUACAAAGGCCUUAAGAGCUUUGGCAACCCUUUAUUUGGAGAUCUCCUUGUCCUUUCCUUACAUGUUUGACCACUUGGCUGUGGUCUGUGCUAUAGAACUCACCUCCUGUUAACAUUAGGCAGGCACUCACAUAUUGUUUCAGAUGCCUUAAAAAAAUAGUUUAGGAAGCCUAUCCAGACAUAUGAUUUAGUUAUGCAUACUUGUUUUUAAAUUUUGCUGCUUUUAUUUGUAUAUUGAUGAUUGUUUUAUGUAUACUGCUUACAGAUUUUUUGAUUAAUAGUUUAUAAUUUCAAAUAGAUAGAUAGAUAGAUAGCUAUCAUAGAUUAAGCUACCUAGCUGUCACCAUAACAAGCGUGCUUUAUUUUCUUAAUCUAUGAUCAGUUCCUCUAACUCCAUAUAUACCACAUUCACUGCACAGAUUUUUGACCUAGAAGAGGCACAAUGUCUGAUAAUUAAGAUUCAUUCCACAAAUGAAGUUGUUUAUCUAUAGCACUGGUUAUCUUUUUCCUAUUUUUUCUAACACUUUAAGCAGUGAGUAUCAUCUUAUGGCCAUGAAUCUCAUGUUACUGUGUUUUAUGUGCAGAAAUAUUAACUUUAUUUGCCCUUAGCAAGUUAUCAACCAAUUUCAUUUAACCUUUAGUUCCAAUAGUUUGAGGAAUAGAGAAACAAAUUUCUCUUAAUUCACACUCACUCCACAUAUUUUAUAACUUUACAGUCCAGUAGUCUGUUGUGUCUCACUGUAGUCAUUUUUUUCUAAAUUAAAAAACCAUGUUGCUGCUAGCUCCAAAUAACUGAUAUAUUCUUAUGACAUUUUAUGUCAGAUUUCUACCAUUGCAGAUUAGUUAAACUGAAAUAUUUUAAAAUAAAAUAAAAUAUUUUGUUUGUUUGUUUGAGCAUAUGUUUUUACCAUCAAUUGCUUCCUCCUCCCCCCCCCCCCCACCAGCAGUACAGGAUCAAAGGUGUUUGGUUGUGUACAUGUAAAUUAGAAUUCAUUGGGAGGUUUUUCCCCAGCUGGCAGACAUAUUGGUCAAUAAUUUGAAAGCUUAUUCAAAUGCCUCAGUCAUGCUGUUUACCUUAUUUAAAAUUUUAUUUUUAAAACACUAGUUUGACAUUUAUUCAAUUUAAUGUAUGUUCAUCUCCCCUUUUCGUUUUGUUUUGUUGUUGUUGUUGUUGUUUUUAAAGUAGGGUUGGUUUUUAAACUUGAAAAAUUGCUUUGAGGGCUAAGGAAAAUUACUUCACAAUUUUCUGGCCGAUCAGCAUUUUGUGCAUCUUGGUUCUGUAAUAAACAUGCUGCUGGUUUCUUCUGAGGUUGAUCUAUAAGAAAAUGCUGUGCAUCUAUAUAAAACACAAUGAGUGUCCAAUGCCUACACACAACAGAGCCAUUGCUCAAAUUAUGGAUGCACCCUUAGCUUUGUUAUAUGUCAUUCAGUGUGUUUGGUAUCCUGCUGGGAUAGCUUAGUCAGUAGUGCAUGAGACUCUUAAUCUCAAGCUUGUAGGUUUGAGCCCCAUGUUGGGCCAAAGAGUCCUGCAGGGGUUGCACUAGAUCACCUUUGUGGUCCCUUCCAACUCUACAGUUCUAUGAUUUUGCUAUCUUUUGUUUCAUGUACUUCUCUUAAAGUAGUUACUACUUUAUUGUCUGUUUUAUUAGAAGCAGCUAUACAGGAAGAGAAAGCACCAAGAGAUGAGAACCCCAAAGACCAAGGUAAUUAUUAUUUGACAUAUCCCAACAUUUCCUUACUGUGACUCAUAAAUUAUCUCUCCCCAGAACCUCAACCUGGUUUGUUUCCUAGUUUUAACAUUUCCCUUUAACAUAGAAUAAAAUGCCUUGAUUAGAGCAACAAGUCUUAAUAGUCCUCUCAACAGUUUUGUUAUGUUUGGUGUGUGUUCCUGGCCUCAGCAGAACUUUUACUUAUUGCUGCCAGUUUGAAGCAGCAUAUUAUGGCAGAAAGUUUAAAAAUAAAUAAAAUAAAUCUCAAACUCUGUGUCAAGGUCACUGAAGUCAAUAAAAUGCAUCAUCAUACAGUUUUGCAUUGGUUAUGCUGAUUUGGUUUUCCUUUCAGAGGAAAAGGGCACCAGUCCCCAAGAUUACAGAUAUCACCUGCGAAUUUGGGCCAAGGAAAAAGAUUCCAAAAAAGAAACUAUCAAAGAUCUUCCUAAAAUGAGUCAGGUAGGAAUUUAUUUUAAGAUCUGUUAUGCUUUUUAAGAUGAAUUUUUAAAUAGUAUUUGCCUAGAUUUAAGAUACUGAAUGAACCAGAAGGGUUGGUGGUUUUAUCAUUGUACCAUAUUUUACCAGGCAAUAAAUGAGAGCUGUUCUAAGACUGGCUUGGGUGACAUCCUCAUGAAGGGUUGUGUUCUCUGAUUUAGCCAAGCCAGGGAUAUGUGGCUGAUUGCUGGAGGAGGAUAAAAUGCAAAGAAACAGAGAGAGAAGAAAACCAUGUCUGCUUUGGCCAAGACAGGGAGCUCCUGGUACCCCAUCACCAUCCUCUUUUACUGAGAGAAAUGCCUCUGGGUGGGUGCAGCUCAGGGACAUUCUAGGGAAAGAAAGAGGGUGGGGUGGCUGGGGGCCUGCAUUUCAUUUUCUGCCUACCUCUGCACCACCCAAGGAGGAAUUGUCUGCUACUGUCAUUGCACAUCUUCAUGAGCAGACAGGUGGAAAUGGGAUUUUCCCAACCCUUAGAAAUGUGGAGUUUAGCCAAGUUAACUUGGUAACAUUUAAAAGACAGCUAAUUUUGGUUCUUUGCAUUCAGUUUUCAUAUAUGAAACAUUAGUGCACAUCUCAAGUGGAAAUGCAUUACAUUUUGGAACAUUUUCUGUGUUGUCAGCAUGAUUGUUAGCUUGAGAUGAUAAAAAAAUGUUUAUUUGAAUUUGUGACUGGUAAGCUUGUUGUUUUGCAGCAUUGUCAGUUUGAAUAUUUUGCACCUAAACUCUAAGCAGUUGUUAUAAUGUGCAUCUGUCUCUUUUCAAGGAGCAAUUUAUAGAACUCUGCAAGACCCUUUACAAUAUGUUCAGUGAAGACCCCGUGGAGCAAGAGCUGUACCAUGCCAUUGCCACCGUUGCCAGCCUUCUCUUGCGCAUUGGGGAGGUAGGCAAAAAGUUCUCCCACCAGCCUGCUAAGAAAGGUGAUGACUUAAAAGCAAACAGUGUUCAGGACCCAGUAAGUGAAGAAGAGUCUCCAACAUCUGACCAAAGUCAAAAUUCAACUGUGGAGCAGUAUUCCCAAGCUACUCCAGAAGAAAAAGCUUCUGGAGACAUUCAGGUUGAGAAACAGCAACAGGAAAACCAGAUUUUGGUAGAUGGAGGUGGUGAGGGUCCAGGAUCUCCAAUACAGCUGUUUUCAGAUGAUGAAACUAAAGACGAUAUGUCCAUGUCUUCAUACUCCAUGGUCAGCACAGGCUCUCUGCAGUGCGAAGAUAUUGCAGACGAUACAGUGCUGGUCGGUUGUGAGGCUGGCAGUUCAGCUGCGCGGUAUGGCAGUACCAUUGACACAGACUGGUCCAUUUCCUUUGAACAGAUCUUGGCCUCCAUGCUUACAGAGACAGUACUGGUAAACUACUUUGAGAAGAAAGUUGACGUUGCACAGAAGAUCAAGGAACAAAAGAAAGUGGAGAGGCAGUUCAGUGCAUCCAGUGAUUAUGAACUUACCUCAGUAUCAGGCUGAACUCAAGAGAGAGGUGUAAAUAAUAGAGGCAGGAGAACUAGAAACCUGGCAGAUAGCUGGACACUUGUUUUUUGUUUUUUACCAACACCUACAACUACCCAACAAUUAAAGUCACUUCAGCUGAGUAAGGGACUUAUCACAAUGACUCUCUGGUAUAGAUACCUCCCUGGAGGACACCUUGCUUGCUGUGCUUACAUUACAUUCUCAAAAGCAUGAAAGCCAUUAGAACCUAAUAGCCUCUGUGGCCUAGAAUUACUAGGGUAAAUUAUGCAUGUGUGCCUCUGCCUAUCUUUCUUUAAUGAAGCUUGAUUUCAGUCACACUAUUGCUUUAGGUUCCUUGGUAGUCGCUCACAAGAAAUGCAGCCUAGCUUGAAUUCCUUCCUCUAUAUCUUUGGCUGCCUCCCUGUGACCUUAACACCAUGUAUCAAAAUGCUGUAGAGAUCCCCAGCCUGCCUGAGAGAGCCUUGUUAGGAACCUAGAUGCUACGCAGUAACUAGUCAGAGGUAAAGGAUGUUAUGCUCUGUUACGCCUGGCAUUCUGCCGCUAGAACGUACCAGUGUCUUGGGACAGCUGGUUUCUAUCCCAGUUGAUAUACCAUCACAGUAGCAUGUGGUUUUCAACACUGCCCAAGAAAGAUGCAUAUUAAUAUGUUUUAGCCCAGUUUUAACUCUUCAGUGCCAUGUAAUUUUUUUGUUUUUUGUUGUUUUAAUUUCCCUGAGGGGGGAAAAAGCAGCACUGAAAAUUGCAAAAGCUAUGGAGACUGGAGAGGGUGAAGUGAAUGCAACAAUCCUGAGAAUUGCAAGACACUGAUAAGAACAGAAUUCUUGGUGCUUUGGGGCAUUAGAGUGUUUACUUCAUAAUUUUUGAUGGUACAAGGGCUCAGAAAUGUGGGGUUUAAAGAAGUUAAUAAUAACGUGGAAGAUCUAAGCCCCUACACCAGUAAGCUAGUUAUCAUAAAAGACUUGCAUCACUGUACAGGCUGCUUAUCUGAUCUGUUUCUCACCAUGGUGGAAAGUGGAUCUAUUGCUUUUGUGUGUGUGCUAGGCUCAAGUAAUGCAAGUGUGUACACAGUUUAGGACUAAGCAGAAAGCAGAGAUUAGUCCAGUUUAUCUGAAUCAACUAACCUACUGGCUACAUGCUGGUCCAGAAGUUCCACACCAUAGGAAUCUUGCUGGUUGUACCCUCCAAAUAGUGUCUGUUACCUACUUUAUAAAGUUGUGUGGUGUUUAGACAACUUUCUUUCCUGGCGGCAUAGAGUGCGGUUAUGAGAUCUGUGCUCUGAGAAUCAGUUGUAGGCCUGAGGAAAACUGGAGCUCCAUUUUGGGAUUGAUAACUUCCCUAUGGGAAGGCAUUCACUCUAAAGAAGCACUAUUAUAUUUGUUUAUAUUUGUAUACCUGCUCAUCUCAUUGCAUAAUUAUUUUACUCAGUCAUAUGAGCACCAUUGAAACAGUGUGAAUGCUAGUGUGUGGCUGUUGUUGGACCAGUGAUGAAUAUGGAACAUACUGGCAGUUCAGAAAGAGCAAGAGUGACCUUGGAAUAUACAAGGAAUACACCACAUGGUGCAAUACCCAGUGUUACUACAAUUUUGUGGCGUACUCUGUAUGUAUUCACAACCAGUAUUUGUUUUAAGACUGUCUUCUUAGCCAUGCACCUGGAGAGCUUUUACUAAUUCAGUAAUUUAUUGUAAUUUUUUUAAAAAAACAAAUACAUGUGAUUUUACAUUGGUUUUUGUCUGAUCAAUCAUGUAUUCAAUAAAUGAACAGAAUCACACAU